AUGGAGGACCCGCGCUGCGCCCCGCUACUGCUACUUCUGCUGCUACCGCUGCUGCUCACACCGCCCGCCGGGGAUGCGGCGGUCAUCACCGGGGCUUGCGACAAGGACUCUCAGUGUGGAGGAGGAAUGUGCUGCGCUGUCAGUAUCUGGGUUAAGAGCAUAAGGAUCUGCACACCUAUGGGCCAAGUGGGAGACAGCUGCCACCCCCUGACUCGGAAAAGUCAUGUUGCAAAUGGAAGGCAGGAAAGAAGAAGGGCGAAGAGAAGAAAGAGGAAGAAGGAGGUUCCAUUUUGGGGGCGGAGGAUGCACCACACUUGUCCCUGCCUGCCAGGUUUGGCAUGUUUAAGGACUUCUUUCAACCGCUUUAUUUGUUUGGCCCGGAAGUGAUCACUCUGAAGCAGGAACUUGAAAUGUGAACCUCUACUCACUGAACAAUGUCUGUCAAGUCUCGCUUGUAAUUGUGUCAAAGAAUAUGCCAGAAAGAAAUGUUCUCCCUUCCUCUCCACUUUUCAAGAAACGUUCCUAUCUUUGAUUUUUUUUUAAAGUGGCCUUUUUCUUUUUUUCUUUUUUCUUUCUUUUUUUUUAAGGAGAGUUUUCAUUUUUGGAGAGAUUUAUAAAGGGCAAGGCUUUCUGGAAUGGCUUCUCAUUUCCCUAUUUGUUUUGCCUUGACAUUUUUUGAAGACCAACAACAACCAUUUCCACAAAUAGAGUAAGAGUGAACGUCUGUUGCAGAAACUCCCUUUUGCCCUGCCUCCCCUCUGCCAGUCCUGCCCAGUGCCCAGACAGACACACCCUUACUCUUGAAACAUUCUGAGGAUCCUCACCUCAGGCUAGCGUUGUGGGGCCUCUCCGCUCCCAGGCUUGCCGGUAGACCCACUGAAGAGGCAUUUGAACCAGUCCGUCCAGGCAGUUCACUGGGGCAGACAUUCGGAGUGCCCCAGGAACUUUCCUGAACCCAUCUGGCCCACCGGCUUUCAGUUCCACUGGUUAACUGGUGGGAGGACAAAAUUAAUGGGAUACUGAAGGAGUCUGGUCU